AGUCCUUGCGUUUUCAUACCGCUCGCUAACUUAAACUCUUCAAAGGGCAGAAGCAAAGAACAUCGCCAUUAUCUACAAUGGAGUUGCUCUCCUUCUCGACUCCCUCGCCUUGCUACCCCCCUUCUUCAUCCUUUUCCAAUCUCCGCCAGUUUCUUCCCACAAAACCCUCUCAACCCCUUUCUCUCCGCCGACUAAUACUACCGCAAAAAUCCGUCAAAUGUUCAAUUGGGUCCUCUCCCCAAACCCUAGGAUUUGACUUCAAACCAUCACUCGGUUUUUCAGCUUCUUCGCCACAGUCUCCGGAGACGGCGAUGAGAGGCGCCGAAGCGGACGCGAUGGGGCUCUUAUUAAGAGAAAGGAUUGUGUUCUUAGGGACUCAAAUUGAUGAUUUCGUCGCCGAUGCUAUAAUUAGUCAGCUCCUUUUGUUAGAUGCUCAAGACCCUUCUAAAGAUAUCAGGCUUUUCAUCAAUUCUACCGGAGGUUCCCUCAGUGCAUCUAUGGCGAUUUAUGAUGUGUUGAAGCUAGUGAGGGCUGAUGUGUCAACAAUUGCACUGGGCAUAUCAGCAUCAACAGCUUCCAUAGUUCUUGGUGGUGGAACUAAAGGUAAGCGACUUGCAAUGCCCAAUACAAGAAUUAUGAUUCAUCAACCGCUUGGAGGUGCUAGUGGGCAAGCAAUAGAUGUUGAAAUUCAAGCUCGGGAAAUGAUGCAUAACAAAGAUAAUGUGACAAGAAUCAUAGCAGAGUCAACUGGGAGAUCUUAUGAACAAGUUCAGAAAGACAUUGAUAGGGAUCGAUACAUGUCUCCAAUUGAAGCAGUUGAAUAUGGAAUAAUUGAUGGGGUUAUAGAUGAAGAUAGCAUUAUCCCACUUGAACCUGUUCCUGAUCGAGUUAAACCUACACUCAGUUAUGAUGCAAUUAGCAAAGAUCCUUCAAAAUUCUUGAACCCUGAGAUACCUGAUGAUGAAAUCUACUAGGUGGAAGGUGGGUAACUAUUGCAAAUUUGCAAUUGCUUGAAGACAGUUUUACAACAAUUUAUCUUUCUUUGAAUGUUCUUUAGUUAUUAGAAUUUGUUAGUUUUGUGAUUGAAGUGGGAAAGCUGGCUGCUUUCCCACUCAAUAAAUUGUUGUAUUUUUAAGUUAAAUAAGACUAUUUCCAACUUUUGCAA